AUCUGAAAACGCGUUGGCAGGAAGUGAUCUCCCUCCACGACAUCCACAAUGCAGCACGGCGACGAUACGAACAAGGACUCCAACCAAAAGGGUGCUCGCCAUUUGAGUGCCAAGACUGUUUUUUCCCUUGUACCCAACCUCAUGCAUCACUAUCAUCCCUUUCCCCAAAAGGCUCCUGGUGCUCUCAAGUCUGCCGCCUCGGACCCGCGCACAGCACAAACUACGUCUCCAGCGUACCGCUUGGCUUGGGCCGACGAACCGUUCUUGCUUCGUGAUGACCUGCGACCCCUUCGUCUCCAGCUCGAGUACACUAAACCUGAAAAGAUCCUUGCGGAAGCGGGAAUCGAUAGUACUAUUGUUGUGUUUGGUAGUGCCAGAAUUAGGGAUCGCGACCAGGCUCAAGAACAUUUGAGAGUUGCAGAAGAGCUUGUGAAGCAAAAGGGACCCAACGAUACCGAGGCGAGGGAAAGCCUGAGGAUAGCCAAAAAGAUGCUGGAGAGCGUCAAAUAUUAUGAAGCCGCUCAAGAAUUUGGCGAAAUUGUAACUAAGAAUUCCGACGGAAACAAAUUGGUCGUCAUAACUGGUGGUGGUCCUGGCAUCAUGGAGGCAGCCAACAGAGGCGCAACUCAAGUUCCGGGAGGUCGCUCGGUGGGGCUGAAUAUUGUUCUGCCCUUCGAGCAGCGACCGAAUCCGUACAUCACUCCGGAGCUCUGCUUCAACUUCCAUUACUUUUCAAUGCGCAAAAUGCAUUUCCUCGGUCGCGCGCGAGCAUUGGUGGCCUUCCCAGGUGGAUGGGGCACGAUGGAUGAACUGUUUGAAGCCCUCACACUGAUUCAAACCAAGAAAAUGGCCCGAAUUCCCGUCAUUUUGUUUUGCAAAGCAUGGUGGGAUAGGAUGGUCAAUUUCCACAACAUGCUGGAAGAUGGCGUCAUCUCGGAGGGAGAUUUGAAACUGUUUUCAUAUGCGGAGUCCCCUCAAGAAGCCUGGGACCAGAUAUUCAACUUUUACCGUGGACACAGUCACCAUUGAUAUAAUUUGGAGAAUCUCACUAAACUUUCAUGGUAGUUCCUGUUGUAAGGGUAAACCUCCCAAUUAUUGAAUCUGGAAGCUUUCCUUAUUGUCCUGGACAAGCUUAGUGCACAAAUGCAUUAACUGGGUGGGUUUGACUGGUGCCCUACUGCCACCACAGGCCUAGCAAACCUGGAUAAGAUUACUAGUGUAUAAAAAUAAUAGAGGACUAUAUAAUCAAUAUAUAUUGCAAAUGUAUAGUGAUAGAGCUGACUAUAAC